AACUGGCUUUUCCAAUUUUUCGUCUUUCUUACCAGUUUUUAGUUUAAAAAACUGAGAUAUGGAUAUUUUAACAGAAGCAGCGUUGACUCAGAAACAUUUAUAAAAACCUUUGAACUGACUAUCAAUUUUUCAUUCUACUCUGCUAGUUGGUCUUUGAGAACAAAAGAGUGUCUAUCACAAUCACUUUUUCACAGAGGAAAAUGGUAGGAGGAGUGGUAGAAGGAGGGCAUACCAAAAGGGCUCAUCUUUAUGAGCACAGAUUCACUCAUUAUUUUGCCUUCACUUGUGUUGUUGGAGCCCUUGGUGGCUCGCUUUUUGGCUAUGAUCUUGGGGUUUCAGGUGGGGUGACAUCAAUGGACGAUUUCCUGAUCAAAUUCUUCCCAGACGUGUACAAAAGAAAGCACAUGCACCAGAAAGAGACAGACUACUGCAAAUAUGACAACCAAGUGCUGACACUCUUCACAUCAUCGCUCUAUUUCUCAGCACUUGUAAUGACAUUCUUUGCUUCUUACUUGACAAGAAAAAAAGGCAGAAAGGCAAGUAUCAUUGUGGGAGCCCUUAGCUUCUUGGCUGGAGCAAUACUCAAUGCAGCUGCACAGAACAUUGCAAUGCUCAUCAUUGGCAGGGUCCUUCUUGGAGGAGGCAUUGGUUUUGGCAACCAAGCUGUACCCUUGUAUCUUUCUGAAAUGGCUCCGGCAAGGAAUCGAGGAGCAGUCAACCAACUCUUUCAGUUCACAACCUGUUUUGGAAUUUUGGUUGCAAACCUCAUCAACUAUUUUACUGACAAAAUACAUCCCCAUGGAUGGAGAAUCUCGCUUGGCUUGGCGGCUAUUCCGGCACUUCUUAUGCUUGUUGGAGGUAUUUUCUGUGCCGAGACACCUAACAGUCUUGUAGAACAAGGAAGGUUCGACGAGGCAAGAAAAGUAUUGGAGAAAGUAAGAGGGACUAAGAAUGUUGAUGCCGAAUAUCAAGAUCUUGUUGAAGCCAGUGAAGAAGCACAGGCUGUCACUAGCCCCUUUAGGACACUCCUGAAGAGGAAGUACAGACCCCAACUUGUGAUAGGAGCCUUGGGGAUUCCGGCAUUCCAGCAGCUAACUGGAAAUAACUCCAUUCUCUUUUAUGCUCCUGUCAUUUUCCAGAGUAUUGGGUUUGGUUCUAAUGCGUCUCUGUUUUCAUCUUUUAUCACCAAUGGAGCUCUCCUCGUCGCCACAGUCAUCUCGAUGUUUUUAGUCGACAAGUUUGGUAGAAGGAAGUUCUUUCUGGAAGCUGGUUUUGAAAUGAUAUGCUGUAUGAUUGCUACUGCUGUAGCCUUGGCUCUGGAUUUUGGAGAUGGCAAAGAACUUUCCAAAAGCGUCAGUUACUUUCUUGUUAUUGUGAUAUUUUUGUUUGUGUUGGCUUAUGGAAGAUCUUGGGGUCCACUAGGAUGGUUGGUUCCUAGUGAGCUCUUUCCAUUGGAGAUAAGAUCAGCAGCACAGAGUAUAGUAGUGUGUGUCAACAUGAUCUUUACUGCACUUGUAGCACAGUUGUUCCUCAUGUCACUUUGCCACCUCAAAUAUGGGAUUUUCUUACUGUUUGCUGGCUUAAUUAUCUUUAUGAGUAUGUUUAUCUUCUUCCUCUUACCGGAAACAAAGCAAGUUCCAAUUGAGGAAAUUUAUCUCCUCUUUGAAAACCACUGGUUCUGGAAGAAGAUUGUAGGACAAAGAAACCAACACCAUGGGAAGACAAUUGCUGUUUAAGAGCCUCAAUGAAGUUAUGCAUGUUUAUAAGUCAGACAUGGUUAAGGUAAAAGCUAUACAAGAGAAUAAUUGUUACCUAAACCAUGUUUUGGAGCUUUCCAAACGGCAAACCAAACAUACAGUAAUUAGAAUGAUCAAGUCUAGCUUUGUUAUUUUUGGUUAAUAGUUAUUGUUCUAUGCUUAAAUGAUCAAAUAUGGAUUAUAUGCUAUAAAUUUCUCUUGAAUAUAAUUAUCUAAAUGCUUUAUCAUAAA